AUGGACGGCUUAACAAUUGGUUUCCUGAAUCCACUCACCAUCUCCUCGAGCAUCAGCGCCGUCCCCCAAAAAGCAAAAGUCGAGAGCGGAACCACCCCAAUCCUCGCCAAACCAAGAACCCAAAACAUGUCAGAAAGCAUGGACGGACUCCUGGCGGUGGCAGAAGACGAGAGAAGAGAUCAGAUCUCUUUGCAGAAGUAUAUCAAUAUGGAUGGUCGACCUGAAGGUAUAACGCAAGAAGAUCUCAUCUGCCGGGCCUCGAUCAAAGAAGUCGUUACCUUACUUGUCAAGAAGCCUUCUUUCAAGCGUUUGUUGGUGGAUGGUUUUGGUCUGCAUGUCGAUUAUGCAAGAGAUAUUGUGCCGCUUGUUAUGGAUUACAAAUCGUAUCCGAAACAGUGGAAGAUUUCGCAGUGUGGCAACUCGGUCGCCACUGCUGAUGAUUGGAAGCAGGAAGGAAAUGAGGCUAUACAGAAAAAGAAUCGGUGCGAGGCUAUAGAUUGGUGGAUACAGUAACACCUUUUCGAACCGAACGAAGACUUUUUUACUGAUUUGUAUGAAAUCAUCUAGUUACUUAGCCGCUUUGCGAGUAAUCCCUCUCCUGAAGAAUACGAUGAUAUCCGCCAAAAUCGUGCCCUUGCAUAUUUGCGAGAUAAAAGUUUUGAAGUGGCUCUAUAA